AUGACAGAAACAACAAGUGUAUCAGGAACAUUAACUCGUACUGCAAAACCUCUUGAUACAGUACAUCCUUAUUAUUUUAAUUCCUUUCAAAAUUAUUGUUGUGGCCCAAAAGCUAAAUCAGCAUCAUCACCAACAAAUAAAGAAGUUUUACCUAUUCCAGAAAGAUAUAAACAACAAACAGAUCAAAUAUUAAAUGUUAUCAAUCAAAUUCUUGUUGAACAUCUUUCAGAACUAACACAAUUUACAAGUGUUUUACCACAUGAAUUCUUUGCACAAGAUUCUAUGGCGGAUUAUCAACGAUAUUUAAUUGAUCGUACAAUGUUGAAAAUGAUGAAUGAAACUCGAGUUAUUAAUUGGAUGCCAUCAUUAAAAAAACUCUAUCCAGUUCGAACAUCAGGCAAUGGUAAUUGUCUUCUUCAUGCUGUACUUAUUGCUAUGGUUGGUGUACAUGAUUUUAAUUUAUAUUUACGUGAUCGACUUCUUCAAUUUAUGGAUAAAAAUAAAGCUGUACUUAAAGAAAGUUGGAAAACUGAACGAUUAAAAACUGAUAAAAUGUAUGGUAUACAAUCUGAAGAUUCCAAACUUGAUACUGAAUGGGAAGAAUUAUGUGAACUUGUUCGAUAUGAAAGUUCAGAUGAUGGACAAACAGCAUCAAAUUUACAAUUUCUUGAAGCUGUACAUAUUUUUUCUAUAUCAAAUAUGCUUGCACGACCAAUUAUUGUUUUAUCUGAAGAUGUUGUACGAAAUAAACAUGGUGAAGCUAUAUCAUAUAAUGAUUUAUUUGGUAUUUAUUUACCUAUACUUUCAAAACUAAAAGAUUGUGUUCCUAUACCAAUUGUAUUAGCAUAUGAUCAAUCACAUUUUUGUCCAUUACAAACAAAUGAUUUAAAUACAGGAUCAAAAUCUGAUAAUUUUCUUCCACUUUAUCAAUCACUUGAACAUGCACGAAGUCAAACUUUAUUACCAAUACGAUUUUUAGGUAGUGAUAAUAGUUUUGAACAAAAUUAUAAAUUACUUCAAAAUUAUUUACGUAUUAAAAAAUUAUCUUAUUAUCCUGAUACAAAUGGUACACCAUUAUAUAUUCUAUGUGUUGAAUUAGGUAAUAAAACAUUUCCAGAGAAAGAUAAUUUUUUUCUUCUUUAUUGUAAAUAUAUAAUGGAUUUUUUUGAUAUGCAAAAGAAAAAAAUACAAGAAGAAGAAGAAAAACGAAGACAUGAACAAGAAUAUUCUUUUUCUAAUCAAUCAUCAUAUGAUACUGCUCAACGAGCAUUAAUGAAUAGAGAUAAUUCAUCUACACCACCACCACCAUAUUCAUCAAUAUCAACUAGAUUAUAUGAUUAUAAAACUACUCCUAGUUAUGAACGACGAUCAUCAUAUGAUCAAGCUGUAGCUAAUGGAACAACAUAUGUAUUAUCGAAUGAUAGUAAUCGUUCUAUUAAUCAAUAUUCAGAACAACAACAACAACAACAACAGCAACAACAAUUACAAAAACCACAAAAUCACGUACAAAUAAUGCAACGUAGUCCAGUAAUUCAUGAUAAUCAUUAUAUUAAUGGAAAACAAUUACAACCUAAAAGUGAAUGGGAAUUGAAUGGUGAUGAUUUGAUAUCUAAUGGUAAAAAUAUAAGCAAUAGUAAUAAUAAUCCACGAGGAAAUGAUUCAAAAUUGAAACAAGAACAACAAUAUCAAACUCUUAUUCGAAUUCCUGUCAAUGUUGUAAAACAAACCUCAUCACCAACAAAUUUGAUCGAUUUCGAGCAAAAAACAGAUAAAAUUCGUCCAUGUAUUGUUUGUAGACGUAAUUUUAAUGAUUUAUUAUCAACUGGUUUAUGUUCUGACUGUGAUUAUAAUAAAAAACCUUCUCUUCCACGUCAUAUUGUUACUAUACGAUCUUCACCAAUAAAUAUUUAUCAAACAUUAUAUAAAAACUCUGAUUUUAUUACUCCAUUAUCAUCGUCGCCUAGAAUAAAAGGUCCACUGAGAAUAAAUUGUCAACAUUGUCGCAGUCUAAAUCUAUUAAAUGAUAUUAAAAAUGGAACGAAUAAUUGUUGUUCAAUAUGUAAAGCUACGCUAAAUAUUCCACGUUAA